AUGACUCAUAUCUCCCAAAUGUAUCCUAACGUUGAAAUCACUUAUAGACCCGCAAGCGCUGUCAAAAACAAAUUGCCUUUUAUUGGAGGCAAUAUUCGAUCUUCACCAUUUUCACAAACUUUCACAUCAUUUGAAGGCGAAGAUCGUUCUAAUUGGCCAGCAGAAAACGAAGAAGAGGAAAUAUUGAUAUUCAAACAAAGAACGAUCGAAAGUUCGUUGUUUGUGAUAAAUUGUAGUUUUCCACUUACACGUGUUCGAGUUACAAAAUCUUCUUUUGAUAUUCUUCAAAUUUUGUUGAAUGAUUUGGUAUUAUGGCAACCUAAAAAUAAUAGUGCUGCUAAUGAACAAGUUAAUCACGUCAAUUUAGCUGAAAGUUACGAUUAUAGAUCAUAUCAGCCAGUUUAUGGAAUGGAUUCUUAUGAUUCUGAAAAUCAUGAAAUGAGAAUGAGACCUGAGGGAAGUUUCAUGGGAUCUCGAAUGGACAUUUCAAUACCGUCGAGGCCUAGUCUUGCGUCAAUUGUUGUAUUUAUGACGAAAA